UGGCGGAUACAGAAGCUAUGAGACUCGAAGACACCUGAGAGAGAGAGAGAGAGAUGAGUAUUCGAAUUUGUAAUCUCCCGUUCAAUUCAAGCUUCGCGCCGCAACCUCGUGCUCGUAUCUCCUCAAGGUCUACACGAGUCUUCGCUCGUACGGAGAACGAUACUCAACAACAACUCAAUCUCUCUGUUCUUCGCUUCACUUUCGGGAUUCCUGGGCUAGAUGAAUCUUAUCUACCGAGAUGGCUUGGGUACGGGUUUGGAUCACUUCUUCUUCUUAACCACUUCUCAGCUUCUGCUCCAAUCAAUGAACCUCAGCUGAGAUCAGAAGCUUUGGGAUUAUCACUAGCUGCAUUCUCAAUAGCUUUACCUUACAUUGGAAAAUUUCUCAAGGGUUCUGUAGUGGAGCAGAGAACUCUACCUGAAGAGGGAGAGCAAGUUUUUGUUAUAUCAUCAAAUAUUGGAGAUUCUUUGAAGGAGGAUUUAGCAUGGGCGACGUAUGUUUUGUUAAGGAAUACAAGUACGAUAGCUGUGUUGAUAUCCGUUGAAGGUGAGCUUUGUAUUCGCGGGUACUGGAAUUGUCCAGAUCAGAUGCUUAAGGCUCAACUACAUGACUGGUUUAAGAAAAAGGUGGAUGAAAUUGGCUUGGCUGAUGUGAAGGAGACCCUUUAUUUCCCUCAAUAUGAAGUUUGGUUUAUAGGUUCUUCAGCAUCUUGGGAUAUUCUUCCCAAUGGGACACGUUCUCUUUUUGUACAACCUCUCAUACAAGAUAUAAAUGAACCGCAGAAAAUGGAUGGGUUUUUGCUGGUAGCUUCUACUGCUGGAUAUGCAUACAGCGAUAAAGAUAGAGCAUGGAUUGGAGCUAUGGCUGAGAAAUUCAGAGGUUAGGUUGUUCCCAUGGAUCAAAACGAAAUAGGACUUCUUGCUUUCUAAUUUUUCUCUUACUGUGGCUUUUGGUAAAGUUGUCAUUGUGCAGUCAUAUAUAUGACAUACUUUCAUCACUUGUAUUUAUGCUUCCUUGCUGGUCUAUCUGAAUAUGGGAGGACUUUGCAUGUUCUGAUAGAAAGUUAACUGGAUAUGAGCCAGGCAUUUAGUUUCUCUUA